AUGAAUUCUUCAAACCAAUCUUUGCCCCAACAAGCUCCCACCACGGGUACCUCAACUACUGCCGUUGCAAGUUCAUCCACUCCUACAUCAAGCUCUAACUAUACAGAGCCGAGAUUAAGCGACAAGGAAACAUUCGAACGAAACAUCGACUACGUGGGCAGUUGGAUCGAACCAUCCGACCUCAAUCACCCAGAGGGAUUUUUACUGACUAGUUAG